AGCCCUAUACAAAAAUGCAUAGGUAAGACGCCUAUUCGAUUGUACACGUUGCAAAAAACUGUUCUCUCAUUUCAUAUGCCAUUCAUAUUAAAUGUACGCUCCUGAAAGCGCGUUUUCAAAUUGAUUUUCUUAUAGAGUGUCGCCUAUAUAAUUAUUUGUAAAGUGAUAAGGAGCUGUUUAUACUCGUCAUGAGGGCGGAUUACAUUCUCUCAGCGAUCCUAGUUCUAUGUGGGAUUGCUCACGGUAGAAACGUGGGUACAGAGUUGGAAUGGGAUCCUAAAGGAUAUGUACUAUACUGUCCUUGUUCGGGACAGUUUGCUGGGCAAGUGGAACAGCUUUUGGGGACCUUAUAUUUCGCCAAAAUGAUCGAUCGAGUCGUAAUCCUCCCUCCCUUUAUCAACUAUCCAUGUGGUCGUAAAACGCAUGCGCAUAAUUACGGCGUACAAGUUUCGGCGGGAAGAAAAGAAGGAAAUCUUUACGUUCCAGUCACAGAGUACUUCGAUUUAAAUGCAUUGCGGGAAUAUUACGCCGAUAUUGUCACAUUUGAAGACUUCAUGUACGAGUUAGCCCCGACACAUUGGCCUUUAGAUGAGAGAGUGGCGUAUUGUUCGAGCAAAGCAGCUGAAGGAAAUAACGACGUGUGCCCAAGGAAAGGAAACCCAUUUUCGACAUUUUGGGAGGCACAGAAUGUUGAGUUUACACGGUCUGAGAUCUGGUCUGGAGAUCUCCAUUAUAACGUGGAAUAUGAACCAUGGCGGGUCAUGUGGACAGAAACGUUUCCUCCCUCGGAACACCCCGUGUUGGCCUUUAUGAAUGCACCUACCAGUACACCGCUACCACUGGAGAAGAACUAUCUUCAUAAGUAUUUCAAAUGGUCCGCCGAUAUUGAGAAUGAAGGUAACACGUACAUCACAGACAACAUCGAAAGACCAUAUGUGGGACUACAUUUACGGAAUGGCGCCGAUUGGGCUCGUACCUGUGAUCUAGCUGAUGGUACCAUGCCUCGUCUGCUAUCAUCUCAUCAGUGUCUUGGUGUUCAUCCUACUAGUACUACCACUGUUCAUAGGCAACUCUGCAUGCAGUCAGAAGAACUCGUAUCGGAAGAGGUGAGGGCGCUCUUGGAAGAGAAAGAGACCAGGACAAUCUUCAUCGCGACUGAUCACGUGUCUAUGCAAGACGAUUUACAGCGAGACUUCCCGGAUCUGAAUGUGGUGACGAUGGAUCCAGAGAGGCCUCAGCUUGAUAUGUAUGUGUUGGGAGAAGCAGAUCAUUUCAUUGGAAACUGCAUCAGUGCCUUUACAGCGUUCGUACGAAGACAUCGAGAUGAUGCUCAACUAGAAACACGAUAUUUUGGGAUGCGACAAACUAAACAAAACGCGAUCCAUGACGAAUUUUAGUCUUUCUUUAGUUUUGUAGUCUUGCUCACUACGUACGCACAAUGGUAACCCUUUUCAGGACGGACUUUGUGAAAUGGCUAAAGUGAUCAGCUGUGCUUCUUCCAACUAUUUUUAAUGCUAUGUUUUGUAAUAAAAUAGAAAGUAAUGUAUGUGAAAAGAAUAUACAUUUCGCCAACUUAACCCUAUCUAGCCUGGGCUUUUCUGAAACUACAUAGCAUGUACCCCUAUGAUCUUGAGCUCUUGGCCGUGAAACUGCUGUUCGCCGCGAAAAUUUACACGCAUGCCAAGUGAAUUGUAUAGAUUUCUAAGGUAAUUCAUUUGUUUUUACAAGAAAUUCGUCCAUUUGCAUAUUUAUGGUAAUAUGCAAAUAAGGUAAUACCAUUCACAUUUUUACUUAUAAUCAUAUUUUCUUCAUACUUAAACAAUAGUUUUCACUACAUAUUCUUUAAAAACCAUUUGGGAUAAUAAUACAAAAA